AUGUCUAGCAAGAAGAAAAUCUUGCUGCUGGUCCAGCAAAACCAGAAUCAAAGCAGCCGAACGUACCUGGAAUUCGAUUCCAUCCCACUGUGCAUGGAAGGUGUAUGCGCAAUGUACGAAAAGAAGCUCAAGGAUCUCAAUCCCGAGCUCACCAGCAUCUGCUACGACAUUGGCGAUCUCUACGACUUCAUCGAUGGCUUGAAAGAUAUCAGCGCUCUUGUGUAUGAUCCCAACGUUCACGGCUUCUUGCCAUACGAUCGGCAGUGGAUCAAGCACCGCUCCUUCCAGCACUUGAGAAAACUCGCAGCUCCAGUGCAGAAGGAUAUCAAAUAGAUGGAACUAAUAGGUCCAUCUACGC